CACUGCCUUACGUCCCUUCAUUCAUCCACUUGAGGAGUUUUGACAACUUUUGACAGAUUUUAUCACUAGUGGGAUUGUUUUUAACAGCAAUGGCAACCGCUGAAGUCAUCUAUAAUCAGAGCGUGGUGGAGAGGGUGGUCAGCCUGCCUCUGGUCAGCUCCACAUACGGCCUCAUGUCCAGCGUGUACUCCAACACCAAAGACAACCACCCAUACCUGCGGACCGUGUGUGAAGCGGCCGAGCAGGGGGUCAAGACCAUCACCACUGUGGCCCUCAACACCGCCUCCCCCAUACUGGGCAAACUGGAGCCGCAAAUCGCCAUCGCCAAUGAUCUGGCCUGCAAAGGUUUGGACCGGAUUGAGAAAACUCUGCCAAUUCUUCACCAGCCCUCUGAGCAGAUUGUGUCCAACGCUAAAGACGCAGUGACCAGUGCCAAGGAUGUGGUAACGGGAACUGUGUCCGGGGCAAAGGACUCUGUUUCGGGGACUUUGAACACGGUUGUGGAGAGGACGAGGGGUGCUGUGCAUGAUGGGAUGGAGAAGACCAAAGCGGUGGUCAGCGGGAGCGUGAGCACUGUCCUGGAGAGCAGAGUGGCCCGGCUAGUGACCAGUGGAGUGGACCAAGCUCUGAGCACGUCCGAAAACCUGGUGGAGCAGUAUCUUCCAUCAACACAAGAUGAGCUGGAGCUGGAGGCCAAGACUGUGCAAGGAUUUGACCGGAACGAUCCCAGUUGCUAUGUCCGGCUUGGUUCCCUGUCCACCAAGCUGAGAAAACGAGCUUACACCAAAGCCGUGGCAAAAAUUCAGGAUGGCAAACAGCGCAGUAUGGAGUUCAUUUCAGCCCUGAACUCUACCGUUGAUGUGAUUGAAUACGGCAGGAAGAAUAUCGACGGGGCCAACCAGAUAGUAAAGGACAAACUCAGCUCUUUGGCGGUGUGGAAGUCCAGCGGUCAAACUGAGGCCAACCACGAAGCAGAAGCAAUCGAAUCUCGCACUCUGUCUAUGGCCCGCUCCCUCACACACCAGCUCCAAACCACGUGUCUGGGCCUCGCGUCAAGUCUGCAGGGCCUCCCCAGCCACAUCCAGCAGGAGGCGCUCUCCCUCAGCCACUCUGCCUCACAAGUGUACGCCAACUUCAGCAAGGCCAGGGCGUUGGGCGACUUGUCCGAUAGCGUUUUGAGCAACAGCAGGGCUCAGUUAAGCAAAAUGAAGCUGUCUCUAGAUAACGUUAUGGAUUAUUUGGUGAAUAACACGCCGCUCAAUUGGCUGGUCGGGCCGUUUUACCCUCGCAUGGCUCCCGAAACGAAUGCGGCUUCAGAUUCAAAUUCAACUUCAAGAAAUACAGAAACGUGCCCAGAUUCGUCCUGCAGCGUUUCAGCACAGAAUGAGCCGAUGCAGGUCGAGAUGGAGCUCUUACAAAAAAAACAGGACUAGUUUUUGUUUGCGUAUUCGCCGUAUUAACUUAAGUAGUUUUGCAGUUUUUAUAAUGACGUAGUCUGGUUUUUAAAUGUCAAAGUUUUACCAGUUUAUCCAUCCAUCUUUUUACUUAUCUGGGGCCGAGAGCCUCCUCCUUUAUGAUUUUUUAUUUCUCCAAACAGGAUCUUGUUAAUGUAAUGCAAGUCUAUUUUGUUUCAUAAAUAGAUUACAGCAAUAAAUCACUAUGAAUGAACAGAGUUUAAGACGUCUUUGAAACACAAAUACAAACUUUAAUUAGCUUGUUUAAAACACAUAAAAAUCUAAGUGGGGGUUUUAUCAUCUUUGGCAGCGACUUGACAGAUGAUCCAUUAAACUCUGAAAACAAA